AUGCAGAAGUGGAAAUAUCAAAGGCAGUCGAUGGCCAAGUUGAGGCAGAGGUUCAAGCAGGUAUGAGUCGGUGGUGCGUGGGUCAAAUUGGUGACCUGUCUAGAUCUGUUUUCUGCCGUGUGUGUUUAGGUCAUUCGUUCGCGUGUGAAGGACGUGGAGGCUAGACUCAGAAGCCAGCAACAGCUCAAGAUGGGGCCAUCGUCACUCACAGUCCUCGGUCAGUCUGUUCAUCAUCCAUCUGCUUGUCUUUCUUUCACACGUUUGCACAUAUGUGUCGAUCAGCUCCCCAGCCGCCCACCCAACUCUUCUACCCGCCGGCGAUAGCUGGCGUGACGACACCCGUCGACGGUCAAGCCAACCACAAAACCGCAAAGACACAAACGCGCCAACUGCGUUUGUGUGUGUAGUUGGCCUGUCGCAGCCGAUCAACAUCAGACGCAGGCCCUCUUACGCUUACAGCCUUAGGUUUGCGCAGACCCAGAAUGAGCACAAAAUCAAUCAGCAGCUCAAGGCAAAGGUGAGACAUGCCAAGUGACCGACGGGGACAUCACACGUGUGGCGCUGUGCGUAUGUGUGCGUGUGUGUGCGUGUGUGUGUGCAGAUCGGAGCCCUGCUGGCACUGAAGAAACUUGUGCAUGACCGCAUCAACCAGCAGAAAGAGAAAGGUAACCAAAGGGACACCAAGCUAUGCAAUGGAUGACAGUGAAUGCGUUGUGUGUGUAGUUGGGGCCAGCAAGAGUGCUGAGACUGAGGAGAAGAAAUCGACUGCCAAGAACGAAGGGCCGCAAGAUGGACCGAUUGACGCCAAGUCGCUCUUCCUUGCAUGACGGACUGACUGACUGACUGACUGACUGGCGGGAUGUAUUGGCUGACUG